GCGCGGGCGGGAUAAAAGCGGCGGCGGCGGCGGCGGCCGGAGCUGCGGGGCCGGGCAGAGACGGCCCGGGGGCUGCGGCGGCUCGGGCACGGCGGGGCCCGCACGGCCCCGCUCCCGCUCGGCCCAUGGAGGCGGCGCGGGGCUGGAACGGGUACGCGCGGCGGGAGCGGCCGCCGCCCUCCCCGCCCGCCGACAAGGGGCGCAUCCCCCCGGCCACCGGCACCGGCAGCGGCACCAGCGGGGAUGGCUGGCGGGGAGAGCGGCCCCGCAGCGAGGAGGACAACGAGCUGAGCCUGCCCAGCCUGGCCGCAGCCUACACCUCCAUCCUGCGGGCGCUGGGAGAGGACCCGCAGCGGCAGGGGCUGCUCAAGACGCCCUGGAGGGCGGCCACGGCCAUGCAGUUCUUCACCAAGGGCUACCAGGAGACCAUCGCGGAUGUCCUGAACGACGCCAUCUUUGACGAAGACCAUGAUGAGAUGGUAAUUGUGAAGGACAUAGACAUGUUCUCAUUGUGUGAGCAUCACCUCGUUCCAUUUGUUGGAAAGGUACACAUUGGUUAUCUCCCCAAUAAACAAGUGCUUGGCCUCAGCAAGCUUGCUAGGAUCGUGGAAAUAUACAGCAGAAGAUUACAAGUCCAGGAACGCCUUACCAAACAAAUUGCAAUCGCCAUCACAGAAGCCUUACAGCCCGCCGGGGUCGGCGUCGUCGUGGAAGCCACGCACAUGUGCAUGGUCAUGCGUGGGGUACAGAAAAUGAACAGUAAAACAGUGACCAGCACAAUGCUGGGCGUGUUCCGGGAAGACCCCAAGACCCGCGAAGAAUUCCUGACGCUCAUCAGGAGCUGAAACUGUGCUCCCCUCUGGAUGCACUCUGGAUUGCUCUGUCCCGUGUCACUGUCUGUCCUCGUCCCCACACCCCAGUUCCAAACUAGAUCUCGUGAAUUGUUGUCAUAGUCUUUGUGCAGUGAAAGGCUUCUGGUGGCACAUGGAAAAGGUUGGGAUGGGGAGGCUCCUCCUGGAUUCCCACUGGUGCUGAUGGCACAGAGUUACAAGCCACAAAACAGGAGUUUGGAAAUGUUUUUUCCAUCCGUAAUGCAGAAUAUCCAGUUGUCAGGAGAGAAGUGGGGCUUAGGAGUGAAAUGGAUAUUUAUGAAAUAGUUGUGUUUAUUAGAAUAAAUGUGGAGCAGCACAGGAAACACCUGAAAGGAUGUGGAUCUUUGUAGGAUUGGGAUUGUCCCAAAUUACUGGACUAUGUUUUAUUGCAAGUCCUGCAGUGGCUGUUUCAGUACCUGGAUAUGUGUGUUAUACCUCUGACUUGUUACCUGUGGAGUGUUUUAUAUUCUUGCUGGUAUUAACCUUCCUUUUUUGUGCAUUUUGUUUGUUUGUUUGUUUGAGAAAUGUGUAAAUUCCAUUUUUCCUAUCCUCUUAACAGGCAGGGAAUUAACUUCUGAAUUAUUUGGGGCACAGCCCUGUCUCAGUACAAAGGGGUUUAUGCACGUUUUUCUCUGUGCCUCAGAAUAUCUGACCACUUGAACUGGCAGUUUCUUACUGCUUUUAAGGAAACUUUAACAGAGGAGAGGAAAAAACCCUGCAGAAUCUGUCUGCAGAGUACUGAGGUAUCCAAAGAGGUUUUUAAUAUUUAUAUCUUGAGCUUUCCUUCUUGGCUUUCCGCGGGUUAGACCGAGAAGCUAAAAUUAGUCUGAUAAUGAGAAAAUGAAGAUUUGCAAGCAUUCCAAGGUUUCCAUUUCCAAUGCUGGAGCAAAGGUGAGCAUGAAAUCCUGAGCACAGCCCAUGGGACCUCCCCUCCCUGCCGACAGGUUGGGUUAUUUCAGGGCAGAGUAACCUGGAAUGACAACAGCUCAUUUCGUAAGAGCAGCUGAGAAAAGCAUUUCCAGGGCCACCAGAAUGAAUCAAACCACAUUUUUCUCUGUGUAUGUGGCAACCUCUGUAAGUGGCAGAAUUGGUACAAAAAGUUUCAGUCCGGCCGGGCUUGGCUGAACUUCUGCUUUGUUACCAUUUUAAUGGGAGUUUUGUAACUCUUAAUUGGGAAAAGAUGAGGUGCAAAUGAAAACCACCCGCCUCACACCGAGCUUGCAAAACCCAUGUCAGUCAGGGGGGUGGAUGCCCAGAGGUUCCCAGGGCUCUCUCUUUGCUGGGUAUCAAUCCAAGAUGUCCUGCACAAAAAUCUCAAGGGCAGCUCCUGCUCUGGCCAGCUCCAUCUCACCACCAUUCCUCCCUCUUGCUCCAGCCCGUGCUGGAAACAAAAUGAAAAUGGUCAGAAUGGGCCUAAAGAACUUGUUCAAGGAGAACAAGCUCAUGUGUUUAAUCACGCUAAUUUUACUUUGAGGACCAUCACAGCAUUAUUGGAAAAAUCUUUUAUAACCUCCUCUGUCCUGGAUUCUGUAGGAUUAAGUGUAAACAAGCUGUGCUGCAACUCCACGGAAUUUGUUUUCCUGAAAUCGCCAAUUUUCAGUUCAGCGUGUUACAAAUAUCCAGCUGAAAAGCCUUAAAUCUUUUGUGCCUGGAGUUGGCAGUAAACCUCUCUUUUUAACUCAACUGGAUGAUUUUGAGGACCAAAGGGGCACACACGAGUACACUUAUUUCUCUUUCCUGGCUUUAGUUUGGAGAUUAGGUCUCUGUAAAACAUGGUCUUGCUCCUGAGGCACCAAAAAAGUUGUGUUUUAACCACUUAUCUCUAUUCAGGAUAAAGUUCACGUUGCACCACCACUGUUUUCUAUUUCCCUGUGACCUGUAGUCCUUAAAACAUACCUCUCUCUA